AUGUCUGCCCUCCCAAACCCCGCGUCCCACAACAGCAUCGAGAGCUCCGCGGGACCAACAAUUACGACGGUGAACAUCCACCAGGCCUCUACCCCCGCCGAAGUCCGCACCGCCCUCUCCCUGCUGCACGCGCAAAAAGACUCCCUGAUCCGACGUCUCGAGACUCUGCUCUCGCGAGCAGAUCUAAGCCGCGACUUUGGGCGACUUGACCAUCCGCGCGCCGGGUUGCGUUCGCAGGCGAUCGCCACCCGAGCCAUCGCCAACAACAUGCUUUCCGGGGCAGCCUCGACGGCCGGGCUCCUACGCGACAAGGUGAAAGAGCUGGAUCUCGAGAAGAGUAGGGUAGAGGAAACGCUUGUGGUGCUCGAGCAGGUCGCGGAGCUGAAGGCGUGUGUACACGGCGUAGUGGGUUCGAUGCGGGCGCCGCAGGACUGGGAGGCGGCGGCGUGGUAUAUUUCGCAGGCUGCGAAGGUGCCGGAAGAGAUAAUACGGGGAAGCUUUGCGGCGAAUGUGGUGCCUAGCAUAGAGGCGCCAGAUCCGCCGUGGGUGACCCUAGAGAAAGCGAAGGAGAGCUUGUGCAGACUUUUCUUGCGGGAGUUUGAGCGUGCAACGCGGGAAGGAGACGAAGUAAAAGCCACAGGAUUCUUCAAGUUAUUCCCAUUGAUUGGGAAGAGGGAUACCGGGCUGGAUGUAUACGGGAGGUACGUAUGUCAGGAUGUAGCUGGGAUGGCUCGGAAGACGUUGAAGCCCGAAAUCGCCAGGCAGAAGGAGAGCUUCCUCUACGCUGAUGCGCUAGGAAAACUGUUUCAACACAUUAUCCAGAUAGUAGAGCUUCAUACAAUACUGGUUGAGAGGCAUUACGGCGCUGGCGAGAUGGUUAAGGUUAUUGAGCGGCUUCAGAUGGAGGUAGAUGUCCAGGGCGGUAUCAUUCUCGACUCCUGGAGCGACGAGAGGAGGGUUGAUCGGAGAUUGAUGGACGUCAAGAGUUAUUCUUUCUCGUUCCUGAUGCAGAGCUUUCUCCCACCACAGAGGGGGGCGUCGAGGACGAACUCCCCGGGAAUAGGAACUGGGGCGAACAACGCACAGGAGAUCGAUGACGAAGGGGUUGGCCUGAAGGAAGUGGAUGAGUUGCUCGGCGAGAUUGCCGCCAUGCUAGGUUGGUGGUCUUCCUACGUGCGGUUUAUCGCCGGAAAAUCUAAGGACGAAGAGGAUACGAAAGACGAGUCCUUUUCUAUUCCCGAAAUACUUCUCGAAUCGGGUCUCAACAGAAAAAUUUCUAGGAUGUUGACCACACCGUAUAACACCAUGACGACCUUCUUCUUCCGAAGAUCCGUCGAAAAAGCAUUCCAACUCAACGAAUUUCCCAACAACCUCUCUCUCAAUCUUAAAACGCCGAUCGAUAACAACCGUCCUUUUAUUAUAACAGCUGUUGACGACAUAAUAUUCAUUAUUAAUAGGGUCAUUCAGAGAUCUUUACCUACAUCACAAAGAGAGGUCAUUACCUCUGUCGUCCUGGCUAUGGACCGAGUUCUCAGCUCUGACUUCGUCGGCAUGAUUCAGCGGAAGAUGCGUGACGAAUUUUACCCUAGGCCUCUCAUCCAAGGGGGCUUUCCCCCGGAGGAUAAGAUCAUCGCCUUUAUUGUUCUUAUUAACAGCCUUGACACAGCUAACGAAUAUCUCGCCCGCAUCAUGUCCGACCUUAGCGCUAGUCCCGGCAAGCCCGACGGCGUUUCCCAUAGCUCGCCACUCCGUUCUGCCUUUCCCUUCGGGCGGGACUUAGGCUCGGUGGCCACUUCGCCGGCCCACCCCCUCUCGACGUUCGCCGCUAAGACAACUGAGCUUCUGAACGAGGGCUUAUCGGUUCUUUUCAACCAGGUCAUCAAGCUGCGGUUGCGGCCCAUCUUAAGCGACGCUUUCCGAGACGUGGACUACUCGCUCUCGGAGGACGAGUUUGCGAGUGCGCAAGUGGAAGCUAGGGAGACUAGAGAGGAAGGAGACACAUUACAAAGAUUCGGGCGCGGGUGGGACCAGCUAAUGCGGCCCAUAAACCGCAUAAUGACGCCUAAGCCAUACACAGCACUGCUAGACCUUACCACCAGGCAUCUCGCACGUGUUUUAGAGAAGCGGCUGUGGAGCUAUGUUGGGCGGGCGAGCCCGUUAGGGGGUAUACGCAUGGAGAGUGACUUCUUAGGCAUCAUCAGCGUCGUGGCGAGGGAGAAUUACUCCGCUAAGGAGCUGUUCUCGAGAGUCUUGCAGGUCUUGAUGGUAGCGAAUAUGGAGCAGGAUGAGUGGGAAGAACUAUCUAGCCUCGCGGGUUGUAGUGUAGAUUGGAACGACGGAAUACGAUGGGUGUUGGCUGAGGAGGAGAGGACUAAGGCAAGAUCGCUAAUAAUGGGAUAG